CAGGGCCACCUUCACGGAUGGCAGGCACUGAGCUGGGAGAAGACGGGAGCAGAGUUCAGGGGUCCAACGCGCUGAGCGGCUGGGCUGGCUCGUUAAGGCACACCUUAGUCACUUCCUCUGUGCGCAGGAUGCGCCUUCAGAGCCCCACUUGGGCAUCUCAAGUCAAAGCAGAGCGUGGAGGCGCUCCCUGCUUACCAGGAGGGGACGACCUCGUGUAGGCUGCCUGGGUUUACUGCUCUGUCGCUGUGCCUGAAGGCGCAGCAGCAAACUUGGGUUUUGUGCUGUCCAGGGGCACCUGGGAUGGGGUCGGACCUGCCGCAGGGAAGGAAACCAGACCCAGCCGAGCCUCAGGCACCUGCAGGUCUCAGAAUGGUUCCUGUACGUCCUUGCUGCGGUCACCUGGAUGAAGGUGGAGAAGCUCAGCCAGCCCUCGUCUGCUGGGAAACCAAGCCGAGAGCUUGGAGAAAAUCCUCGCUCUCUGGGGGAUUUAACACCCUGUUGUUGUUCUUCGUGAGCCUGGCGCUGUCCUCCACCAGCUGGAAAGAACAUCCCUCUCGUCUGACGAGGCGCUGUGGCUUGUCCUCCGCACCAAACGUGACCCCGGAUUCCCCGGCUCGACAAGUCCUUACUCAUCCGAGGGGUGAUCUCACGAGACCCCCUCCGAGUCCCACGAAGGCAUUUGGCGGCGCGUGCCGGCGGAUGGCUGCUGUCCCAGGCCGAAGCACGAGAGGCGAGACCGGGUGAGCGUGAGGCUCUGCGCCGUGGCCAGAGGUGUGUCUGCCGUGGGGCUCGCUGCUCCCCGCGCCGAUAGGAGCGUCCAGAAAUACCUGCACACGGCCGAGGCGUGUCGGGAAACCUGAUGCCUCAUCGCAGCCGAUGUGGAGGCGGAGGGAGGAGGGCCCAAAGACAUGUCCCUUCACGCUCACAACAGCUGAACACGGAGAAGGAAACUCGCUAGAGUCCUUUUUACCCGCACCGAAGGCUUUGGUGUCCCUGUCUCACCCCAGAAGCCUUGCUGUAUUCCAGUACUCUGGGGGGGUGGCAGUCCCGCACCCGCCGGGCGAUGAACAUCGCAAGGAGACGAGGCUUUUACAGACAGGAACUCAACAAAACCGUCUGGGAGCUGCCCAGGAGAUACACGUCCCUCCACCCGGUGGGGUCCGGGGCCUACGGCUCUGUCUGCUCAGCCAUAGACAAGAAGACGGGAGAAAAAGUGGCCAUCAAGAAGCUGUGCCGCCCGUUCCAGUCGGAGAUCUUCGCCAAGAGAGCGUACAGAGAGCUCAUGCUGCUGAAGCAUAUGCAGCAUGAGAACGUCAUUGGGCUGCUCGAUGUCUUCACCUCCGCUCCUUCCUACCACGGAUUCCAGGACUUCUACCUGGUGAUGCCAUACAUGCGGACAGAUUUACAAAAGAUCAUGGGACAUGAAUUCAGUGAUGAAAAGAUCCAGUACCUGGUCUACCAAAUGCUGAAAGGGUUGAAGUAUAUUCAUUCUGCCGGAAUCAUCCACAGGGACCUGAAGCCAGGCAACCUGGCUGUGAACGAAGACUGCCAGCUAAAGAUCUUGGACUUUGGUUUGGCAAGACACGCUGAUGCUGAGAUGACCGGCUACGUGGUUACACGCUGGUACAGAGCUCCAGAAGUCAUUCUGAACUGGAUGCAUUACAACCAGACAGUGGAUAUCUGGUCUAUCGGUUGCAUCAUGGCAGAAAUGCUGACUGGGAAAACGCUGUUUAAAGGAAAAGAUUACCUAGAUCAACUGACUCAGAUCCUGAAAGUAAUGGGGUAUCCAGGAGAAGACUUCGUGGAGAAACUGGAGGACAAAGCGGCUAAGAGUUAUAUCAAGUCCCUUCCCAAAAUGCCCAAGAAGGAUUUAUCUGUGCUUUUCCCCAAAGCCAAUCCCCUGGCAGUGGAUCUGCUUGACAAGAUGUUGCAGCUGGACGUGGAGAAGCGCCUUACGGCCACAGAGGCAUUGGCCCACCCGUAUUUCGAACAGUUCCGAGACAUCGAGGAGGAGACAGAAGCACAACAGUCCUAUGAUGACUCUCUGGAACAUGAAAAGCUUUCGAUAGAGGAGUGGAAAAAGCAUAUUUACAAGGAGAUCUUGUCCUUCAGUCCCAUUGCCCGGAAGGACUCGAAGAAGCGGAGUGGAAUGUCAUUGUAGCAACCGGCGCAGCUGCGACUGGGUUUCCCUUCUGGAUGGUGCUGGUGCUGGAUGACGGAUCGGAUUUAUUCCACGCUACCUCGCUCAUAGCCAUCGUUUGGCCUGUAGGACUUCUGUGUGUGUGAACACGAAGACGACACCACACUGUGGGCAUUGGACUUUGUACUACUGAUGGGGGAAGCACCCCCAGUUUUCAACGCUAAAGAUAAAUGCAUGUUCAUUUAAACU